AUGCUGGAGCGUAAGUGGGUGCACUAUGCAGAUCUUGCCUCUUUUCCAGAUGACAAGUCUGUAGCAGAAGGAAAGCCAAGUGCUGGGACAGUAGUGGAUGGUGCUGCAGUUUCGAGUGCUUGGCUUCGUUGUGGUGAUGGAUUUCAAAUGGAUACCUUGCUGGAGCUGUCAUAUGAUAUUGUAACAGGCCUCCUUACCCGCUGCCCUAAUGGAAUCUCUAAAAGCAAGAGCUCAAGUGAAUUCACAGAUAUAUUAUGGAGCUCCAGUGGUAGUGACUUGUCAGAUGAUGAAAAUAAGACUUUGACUUCAAGAUUGCCUUGCCUGAAAGUGGCAAAAUAUGAUUUUGUUUCCAAGGAUGAAUGUAGUGAUGGUGAACCACAGUUCAUUGAUUGGGAGAAAGACAGCGAUUAUGAGGCUGAUGGAUCAAAAACAAAUGACACUACUUUGGAUAUAUCGGACGCCGAUUCUUGUAUAGACGCCUAUUCUUGUACAAACAACUGUUUUAUAUUUGAUGAAGAGGAAAUAGAGAAGCCUGCUAAAAUAACAUCUAUAGAAAUUUCAGAAUAUUCCUCAGACAAUGAAAACAUAGAAGAAUGCCAAGUAGAAACUACUGCUGCUAAUUUAGAACUGCCAAAAAAACUCCGGUUAAGUCUUGGAGCAGGGUCUGAGCUGGAUACUGGAAGAUCAGCAACUGAGUGGUUGAAAUCUGCUCAGGCUAUUCUGCAAACGCCUAAGAAAGAGAUAGACAAGAGUUUGAAGAGCCUAGAUAAUUCUGCAAAGAAAAGAAAAUUACUACGAGGAGGACUAGCAGAACGAUUGAAUAGGCUGCAGAAUCGAGAGAGGGCUACCGUUAGCUUUUGGCGACAUCAUUGUAUUUCAGAUUAUCAAACACCAACAGUUGGUAAGCCUGGUAUACUAAUGGUGAAGAUCUUGGAAAUGCAUGAAGAAUGCAUUCUGUGCAUAGCUAUCUGCCAUCAGUUGGAACAAAUUUGUGCUGCCAAUUCUUCUGCAGAAGAAAUUCAGCCAAGAAUCAAAGUUCUUUUUGCGAAAGAAACAGCCACUCAUCUCAAGGCAGCUCCACAGGAUGUCAUAUGUAUCCAUCCUCCUUGGCAAAAACUUCUUCUGCCAAAUGAAAAUGUUCCAGUAAUUCUGAAUACCUAUUUUAGCCAAAAGGUCUUUCUCGAAGAACCAAAAGAAAUGAAUAGGCCAUGUUUUGAAGAGCCAUUACUUACUAAAAGAAACAUAUCUCUGGCCCAGAUAUUCUGUUUCUCUGCUGCAAAAGAAAGUCAACCUCAAGCAUCUGCAGUUAAUCAGGUUUCCUGUCCCAAUAUGAAGGCUUUUGAGGCUACACACAGUCAUAGCAACAGUGAGCCCAAACUAUCUCCCUUUGCAGUUACUUCUUUGAGUGACUCUCUUCUUGAUGUUGUGGAGACUCAAGGAAGAACUGGAGGAAAGGGAAUGCAAGUGCAUGUGAUUGUUCAAAGAGUGUAUUAUCUGCUUGCUAAAGAAGAGUUUCAAUGUCAUCGUCAAGGAAGUGAUCCUCUCCAAAGUACAGUGCCAAUGCUAAAUUCAGAACUGUCAAACGUUAGAUUGUGUCUUCUUCUUCAAGACGCUUAUGGGAUGUUCAGUGAGGUUCAGUUUCAGAUCUUAUCUUCGUCUCUAGAACGGAUUGAAGAAUAUAGCAAAAGGUGGGAAGGAAAAUACUGUAAUGUGUCUGGUAUGAAAGUUCUGCACAGAGCCACCAGAGGAAGAAAGCCAGGGCUUUUCACCCUAAUAGACAGCUUGUGGCCUCCAUUGUCGCCUCUAAAAGUUCCUGGUCAUAGUCAAGAGAAUAACACGACUGCCAUUAACCUGCCCCCUCCUAGUUUCUGUUACGUUCUUGCUACUCAUCCUGACGACAUCAGUGCUAAUGAGAGAGAGCACGUGUCAGAUAUGUAUUCUCCUCCGGCUGUGUACACUCUCAAGGAAAUUCUUCAGAUGUGUGAAUUGAAUAAGUGUUGCAGCUUUUGGGCACAUGUUAUACAUCGAAGACUGAAGGUAACAGGUACUGCUCCCUCAAGCCAAAUACAAUUUUGGCUGUUUGUGACUGAUUUCUCACUGCAGGAUGAGGGUGAGGCCCGAUCUGAAAUUCCCAAAUCUCUGCCGGUCUCUGUUGCUUCCUCAUGUGUGGUUGAUGUGGAAGUGAUGGGGGUACUCAAGAAUACAUCCCAUUGUGUUGUUUUCUUCAAGGAUGCCCUUUGUGGAAAUGGUAGGAUUAUUUGCAUUGAAUGUACCAUUCUCUCGUUACAAAAGCCCCUUUUGUGUCGGGCUGCGGGUGCUGACAUCACUGAACUAACUGGCCCUGUCAAACUAGAUGAGCUGGAUUCUGCAACCCCAGUCAAUUCCAUUUGCGCUGUAAGAGGCAUUGUCGUUGGUGUUAAUGAGGGAACUGCUUUCUCUUGGCCAACGUGCAACAGAUGUGGCAACGGAAAAGUAGAGCAGCAUCCACAAGACAGGGCAUCACUAUACUGCAGCCAAUGUUCAGAAGCCAUAACUUCUCCAGUUCUCAAAAUGCACUUGGAAGUCUUUCUAUACUGUCAGUCCCGACCACUUUGCACAGUAAAAGUAAAGCUGCUGCAAAGGACCAUUUCUAUGCUUCUGAAGUCUUCCCCCGCUAAGGAUGGGAGUUAUGAAGUAAAGAGUGUGCUGGGAAAGGAGGUGGGGUUUUUAUAUUGUUAUGUCCAAUCUGUAACUAGCCACCCAUCCAGCUGUGUAGGACUGGAAGAAAUUGUUCUCCCUUCUGUAGAAAGAAAGGAAAUUCUGUCUGCGACUCCAUGUACAAACUUUGUAACAUAGUUGUUAAGUAUUACCGGUAGACCAUAUGUGAUUAUAGACAUGCUUUCAACUGAGUUAAGUUU